ACGAUCCCUCAGCCGACAUGACGGACCCCAGUGGAUGCAACAGCCCCAGUAGACGUGUCAUCGCCGGUAUGGUAUGACCGCGAGGCUUUCACUCAAACGGAAAUUUCAAAUCCUAUGAUAAGGCCCAUCACUCGUCCUCUCGAGUUUCCCCGUCCUAUCAUGUUUGAAGUCUAGCUACGGACGUCGCGAGAAUCGGCUAUUUCUGGCUGUUCAGCUUAACCGAAGGUAUAGCCUGCUCUCCUCCCAUCCUUCAUUGAGCCACAGAGACGGUAAAUUGGAGGGCACGUUGCAUAGAUAAGCGACCGAUGGAUCAUCUAGACCCCCAAGGGUUCGAAAAAUUGGCAGAAUGGACGGCGAGCAUUCCUGAUUACGAAGCUUACAUCUUCCGGAGAUUCGAUCGCCUGAGUGCCCGGAAUCUGCAGUUCCUAGAGAGCGAGCUGGCCACUCUCGAAGAGGAGUUGCAAGACGAGGAUCAGGAUGCCCGGAAACAUGCCGGCAAAGCGGCAGAUGCGGUCACCCUGCGGAACUGGACAAAAUUCGAGGAGCUAGCUGCAAGAGAGGGCACCAAAGAGUCGAGGCGCAUGAAACUCGGCCGGGAAAUCAACGAGAAGCUGAAGAACUACUACGAGAUGCUGGUCCUGCAGUCUAAAAUUGUGGCGAUGGGACGGCCCGAAAAAUACCAGCUGUCUGUGGUUCGGAAGUAUUUCCACGGCAGUGACGGCAUACCCGAAGACGAGCUUGGCAAUAGCCAGCCCAGGCAACCUACCGGCAGCAAGGACGUAGAGAAGGGGGCCGAUAAGGGCUUGGAAUACGACCAUAGCCGACUCUUGGCCGGACCUGACGAAUCUCGACUCAAGAAUAAAAAGGAGCUCCUUGCCUUGAAUCCUCCUUCAGAGAAAGACCUCAUCACGCAGAUGAUUCGAAGCCAUCCCGGGUUUCUACCCAAGGAGAUAAGCCCGGACGGCAAACGCGAAUACACCAACGAAAAGGUCAUUGGGAGAGUCGCUGCGAUCCUCAGCGUGAGCCUGGCGAUCGGGCUCAUGCUCGGGGCCAUCUUUUCGCUCCGGGCGGUCCAAAGUGACGGCGGCCGCAUCGGUCUGAUCGUGGCCUUCACGGUGACCUUCGCUGUCACCGUCGGCAUCCUGACGGACGCGAAGAGGGCGGAGGUGUUCGCCUCCAGCGCCGCAUACGCGGCCGUGCUUGUGGUAUUUGUCUCAGGCGAUUUGGCGGGAUCGAGCGCGACGGGCAGUGCCUAGCUUAGUAUGUGAGGGCCUUGGGAACAGUGCCUUCGUGUUGUGUGUAGUACUAUGAUUAGGGUAACGAAGGGAACGGAAACUCUCCUUGGUUGAUGUAGCGUUGGAUGUGCUAGGGGUUGGAAAAGGGGAAAGACGGAAAAAAAGAUUACGUAGACUUCUCACACCAACGAGAAUGGAACAAUGGAUAUCGCGUCUACAGCGCUGCGUUAACAACAAAGAGGUGCCCUGCCUACCUCCCUAGGCAGAAGGGACACGCUU